GAUCGGUUCCUCACAAAACUCUUACUCGUCUCUCUCUCUCUCUCUCUCUCUCUCUCACAGAUGGGAAUCGGAUAAGGUCAAUCUGGUGACAGCGAGUUUUCUUGCCUUUGUUCAACCAAGUCCACAUUGUUGGCUCGUGUAUUGCUUAAUAACUGAUUCUCUUCCAGUAACUGGUGUUUGCAUAACGAUUCCAUUAUUUUCACGGUUAUGGCAACUAAUGAGAAUCUCCCGCCAAAUGUAAUUAAGCAACUUGCAAAGGAAUUGAAAAAUCUUGAUGAAUCCCCUCCGGAGGGCAUUAAAGUUGGGAUGAAUGAUGAUGACUUUUCAAUUAUAUUUGCUGAUAUUGAAGGCCCAGCUGGGACUCCAUACGAAAAUGGUGUUUUCCGAAUGAAGUUGUUAUUAUCUUGUGAUUUUCCACAUUCUCCUCCGAAAGGUUACUUUCUUACUAAAAUAUUCCAUCCAAAUAUCGCAAAUAACGGUGAGAUUUGUGUCAACACACUAAAGAAAGAUUGGAAUCCAAGUCUUGGAUUACGACACGUUCUUAUUGUAGUUAGAUGUUUGUUGAUUGAGCCUUUUCCAGAAUCAGCCCUGAAUGAACAGGCUGGGAAAAUGUUACUAGAAAAUUAUGAGGAGUAUGCCAGACAUGCCAGGCUUUACACCGGAAUCCAUGCUAAGCCAAAACCCAAGUUCAAAACAGGAGCCAUUUCCGAGUCCACAAUGGCUCUGAAUGUUGAUCAGACAAAUGCCUCUGCACUUAAUGCGGAUCAAAAGAGCACAGCACCAAGUGCCACACUACAAUUGCAGUCCCCGCUGGCCCCUUCUACGACAGCUGCCAGAGGAAAUGGUGCAGAGCAGCCCGCUGCUGCGCCUCCCGCGGAGACAGGAGUUGGUGGGUCUACUGCUGCUGAUGCAGCAGCUGCAUCAGUUACUGUGAAGAAAAAGGAAGGUGGAUUGUCGAAAGCACAGGCGGCUGAAAAGAAGAAAAUAGAUGCAAGAAAGAAAAGUUUAAAGAGAUUAUAAGUUAUUGUCCCCCCUUAUUUGGAAUGGUUUAAAAUCUUGUUGUCGAUCCAUGUUUGUGGCUCUAAUUUGUUGUUCAUUGAGAGUGGGGAAGAUAACUAUAUGCUGUGCUGUAAGGUAUUUGUAUUUGGGAAAAAUGGUGGAUCAAAAAAUUUACCAGCUUCCUCUCACAUCCUCGUUUGAGUUGAAACAUUUUUUGCGCUUUCUAAAGUGACUAGCAAACUCAUUAAUGGUAAAAAUUAAAUGCUGCCCUCUAGGCCAAUCCAUAAUUCUUAUUGUUUA